AUGCAACGAAUUAUAAUAAACAAUCAUGAAUGGGAAGUACCUAAUGAACCUGGUUGGGAAGAAGUUAUAAAAGAAACAGAAGUAGUACAACAACAUUUUAGUUCAUGUUUAACAAUUGCUGAAUGUCGUCAAGUUGUAGAUAAAAUUCGUGAUGUUUUUCUUCGUUAUUCAGUAUCAAAGAAAUAUCUUGAGACAAAUCAAAAUGGUACAAAUGACGACCUUCCAUCAAUAUUCAAAUGGGGUUAA